AUGGCUUCCCUCACAAGCGGGGCAUAUCCCCCCACCCUCAAGGCCGAAGAAAAGGAAGCCCUCGUCGAGACCGUCAAGGACUGGUCCAUAGGCAAUGGCCUCGCAGUCAGGCCUCCGCCUACAGUCAUAGCCGCCGAGGCAGAUCCCAAGGGCAUCGCCGCCGUCAAUGUACCCGUCACACUCUUUCCCAGCCCGUUUCCGAAGCAGUGUUUCGCCCAGGGCAAGGCAGUGCAGAAGACUUACAAUGAGCUGUAUGCUUCUGUGAGCCGGGAUGAGGAGUUUCUGGCCCAGGUCGUCAAAGAGGUUGCAGAUGGUGAUGAGUUUAUUCGCAACCUGUGGGACGUUCACCUCAAGGUCAAGGCUGAGGGAUAUACCCAGCCUUUGUCUCUCGGUCUAUUCCGCUCAGACUACAUGGUUCACCAAGAUACCCACACUUCUCCCCCCUCGCUUCAAGUAAAGCAGGUCGAGUUCAACACCAUUGCCUCCUCGUUUGGUGGACUCUCGACUUAUACGUCAGGUCUUCACAAGUUCCUCGCCACAACAGAAUACCCUCUUCUGGACAAUGCCAUUCCCCAAGGCUCGCUGGAUCUCCCUGAUAACACCAGCACCCGUGGCUUGGCGGCUGGCAUCGAGGCAGCCUACAACGCCUACCCCAAAUCUGAGCUCGGCCAUCAAAAGUGUGUCAUCUUCCUCGUGCAAGAUGGAGAGAGAAACAUUUUUGAUCAGCGUCACUUGGAGUAUCAGAUUAUCAGCUCAUCGCCAUCCACACCCGUCUUCAGGCUGCCAUACUCUCAAAUCCUGAAGCGCACUGAAAUCGCAAAAACUUCGAAGCGGCAGCUUCUGUACCGCCUUCCUCGAAACCCUUCCAAGGUUUACGAAGUGGCCGUCAUCUACAUGAGGUCCGGAUAUGGGCCUUCUGACUACCCAGACCAGCAAGCUUGGGAAGCUCGGUACCAUUUGGAGCGAUCCAACGCCAUCAAGUGUCCUACGGUUUUGACUCAAUUGGCCGGAACGAAAAAGGUGCAGCAGAUUCUCGCUACACCUCGUCCUGCGUCUGCGCCAUCUGCGCUUGGUCGAUUUAUCCGCGACGACACAGACGCUGCCGCCGAGCUGUGGCGAACCUUUACCAACAUCUACCCCAUGGACACAAGUGACGCAGGUCUUGAGGCUCGCAAGAAGGCUCUUGACCCAGAAGCCUGCCAAGCCUAUGUACUUAAGCCACAGCGCGAGGGAGGCGGUAACAACAUCUACCGAGGAUCCAUUCCAGGUUUCCUCAAGUCGAUUCCCGAGUCCCACUGGAACUCGUACAUUCUGAUGGAGCUGAUCACCCCUCCUCCAGUCUCCAACAUCAUCCUUCGCAAUGGCAGCCUGGAGCAAGGUGGCGUCAUCUGCGAGUUGGGCAUUUACGGCACUUGUGUCUGGGAUCAGAGCUCUGGAAAGAUUCACCACAAUGAGGAGGCUGGGUAUUUGCUACGGACAAAGGGCGACAAGAGUGAAGAGGGUGGCGUCGCGGCUGGCUUUGGGUGCAUGGACAGCUGCACUUUGGUGUAA